AUGGCCUUUCGGAGGGCCAGUUACUGUUGUCUGGCGCUGCUGCUGCUGCUGUAUUUAGCCGCCGCCCUAGCCGCCGGAACUACGACCGGAGGGCCUCAGCCACAGGCAUCCCGUGGCCGUUCCAGCAACCCAUCACCAAGGUUGCCCCGCACCAGUGCCAGCCAGCUGUCCGCACAGAACAAUACCACCACGACGCGUGGUUCGACCUCGAGAAAUCUGACCAGCAGUGCCGCUACUUCUUCCCAGGCAGCUCAAAGCCGGGGUAACUACAGAACAAGAGAGCAGCAGCUACUGAAUGUGUUCGAGGUCGUCGUGUCAACACUCGAGGGUAAGCUGCAGCGGAUAGACAACCUCGAUAAGGCGGUCGAGCAUCUGAUGCGGCGCGUCGAGUCGCUCGACAGCAAGGUGGCGGACAACAUCCUCAAGACCGACUCCGUCAUCUCGAAGCUGCGCACGCUCGACAGCAAGCUGUCCAUCGUCGACGACGGGCCCGACCGGCCGAACAGUGUGCGAAUGGCCAAAUCGACCAACUCGCUCGACAGCCGGUUGGUGUCGCUCGACCAAAAGGUAAGCGACAUCGACAGCAAGCUCAACGGCCUGAAGAGCCAAAUCGAUAGCAACUUCCUGUCGGCGGACGACAUCAACGCGGAGGCAAGCGAACGGAAAACGGUCAGCAUGAACGUGGCCGAGAUCACGAAAGCCAUGCACUCGGAGGUGAUGGGCCACAUCACGAAGGAGCUCGGUCAGCUGCGCUCCAUCACGGAGGGUAUCGACAAGAAGCUGCAGUUCCACAUCAACGUGGUGUCGGAGAAUCUGGGCAAGACGCUGAACCUGCUGAACGACGUGCACGACGCGGUGGUCGAUCACAACAGCAACUACAACAACUAUAAUGCGACCUCAACCCUGCCACCGUACGUGAAGUCGAGCAAGAUCGAUAUCCUGGUCAAGCAGAUACGCCCGAUUAUGUCGGUGUCGGAGAAGAUGGACGAAGUGUGGGACGUGGUCGUUGGUACGAAGAGCUCCGUGGAUGAUCUGGUGCCGAAGUCGGAUGCACUGUUAACGCAAAACCAACGCCAAGAGCGUGCUAUUGGGGAAAUUCAUCAUGAUCUGAAAACGAAAACGAAUCUUAUCAUCAACAAUCUGGACAUGGUCGAGAAGAGAUUGAAGAAACAAGAGGAUGAUGUCGCCGUACUGGCUCAACGACCCGUUCCGGCGGAGCUUUUGAUGGAUCCUACCAUUGAUCGAUUGGUGGAGUAUGAUCCAAACAGAUACAUCGUGGAAGAUUUUACCGAAGCUCUACCCACGACGACAUACCCGACGUCUUCUUCGUCGGCCUCCUCAUCAUCAUCGUCCUCUUCCACCUCAACUAGCACCGCUUCUAGCACGAGUACUAGCAGUACCACACAGAGCAACGUCAACAUAUCAAACAGUAACAGUCCAGCGACGACGACCGGAACAGCAAAGAACGUGUCGCGUAAAGGCGGAAUCAUUUUCCCCAGCGUCAAGAAUAAGCCAUCCGUACUGAACAGUACCUUUGCCACCGACAGUAUCUUCCUGAAGGACAUUAAGGGUUAUUCUUGCGUGGAUCUAAUGAACGCUGGAAUGCGGCAAUCCGGCGUGUACUAUCUACAGAUCCGUGGAACGACUUACUGGUUCCUGAAGGUGUUCUGCGAACAAGAAAUUGCCGAUGGUGGAUGGACGGUAAUCCAACGACGUGACGACUAUGGCGAUCCGCGGGAAAACUUCAAUCGCGACUGGGCCGACUACAAAAACGGUUUUGGUGAUCCGGCAAAGGAAUUCUGGCUCGGAAACGAAAACAUCUACAUGCUGACGAACAACGAAGACUACUCGCUGCGCGUUGAGUUGGAAGACUUCGAAGGCAAUAAGAGAUACGCACAAUAUUCGCACUUCAAGAUCCACUCGGAGCAGGACUACUACAAGCUGGAGAUUGACGGCUAUGAGGGCAAUGCGGGUGACUCGCUGAACGAUCCAUGGUACGGUUCGAACAACAGCCCGUUCUCGACAUACAAUCGCGACAACGAUCGAAGUUCGCUCAAUUGCGCCAGCAUGCUGAAGGGCGGCUGGUGGUGGAAGUCAUGUGGACGAGGACUUAACGGACUUUACCUGCACGAUCCACAGGAUCUGACCGCCCGGCAAGGUAUCGUAUGGUUCCGCUGGAGAGGCUGGGACUACACGCUCAAGAAGGCCACCAUGAUGAUAAAACCGAAGGGUCCCCAACCACAAGUGGCCGGCACGACGUAA